UCGAUGUUCAGACAAAGGAUCGUCCGGACCAGUUCUACAUUUUGGCCGUGUCAUCAAACGCUUCAGCACAGUGGCACAGUGGCAAAGCGGUAGAAGCAAUCCAAACCCCAAGUCCAAUGGAUGGAUGAAUCAUGAAGCCAAUUCGAUAUGCCAAUCAAGUGACGACGACGACGACGCUGAUGACCUUUGUGUUGCCAACGUUCAUCGUCUUCUCGUUGUUUCUCGACAGAGUGGCAGCCGAAUUUUACAUCGGAGAGUAUCACACGUCAGUGGAUUAUCCGGCCGGCUGGAAUCGCAUCAAAGAAGCAAAUCCCAUUUCUCGUGUCGACGAAAACGACGGCCGGAUUGAUGGCAGCAGCAGCUACAACGACAACGACGACAACGACGACGACGACGAAGAGAGUAACGAAUUGUUCGUGGCCAGAUCAAACAAACGCAGCCGCAAUCAUCAGCAACGCUCAAGUUCGGUGACGGUGACGGAAGGACGCAGUUUGAGAACGUUCAACCCACUGACGCCGGGCGGAACCAUCUACCUGGCCUUCAUCUUCCUGAUCCCGUUGACGGUGGGCAAAACCAACCUGGGCCGCGGCAAAUCGUCUUCCCUGUCAAAGGGCAACCGUCUGCUGGAGCGUUUGAUUCACAAAGUGCAGCAAGACCAGCAGAGCCUUUACAGCGAAAUGGGCUACGUCGACGGCAAUCUCAUGUUGCGCAGGGGCUGGCGCGACUUGCGUGACACCCUGGCCAAAAAAUUGCUUCUCCUUCCGUGGCGGCGUCGGCGUCGGCAGCGACGACAACAACAACAACAACAAGACAUCGACAACAGCAGCCACAGUAAGAAUAGAAGAAAGAAAAAGAAAUGCAAGUCCUGGAAAUCACCACAACGACCAUUAUAGCUACUUGUCUGCCCCUGACCCUUACGAAUAUUCUUUUCUUUCUUGGCUUUUAUUUAUUAUUUGCUGUAUUUUUUUUCCAACGAAAUGCACAUGACGCAAACAUGUGUUGUUGAACUGCGGCUGUUUGCGAAAUGUUGUGUCUGAAUAAGAGCUGUUUUCUGUAUCGUUACCGAGAAGAACAUGGGUGGAGGGUGGAUGCUA